CCAAGCAUCUGUCGAAGAGUAAAGUUGGAAUCAAUGGAGGAUGAUUUUUCGGAACAUUCAAAAACGUUAUCCCCUGCGGAUAAAGAAAAACUUGAAAUUCAAAAUAGUCGUUUAAUUAGCGAACAUAAAGCAAAAAUGCUUGAAUUAGAAGCUCGAAAACAUUGGGAUUUAUUUUAUAAAAGGAACGAAAAUAGGUUUUUCAAAGAUCGGCAUUGGACCACGAGAGAAUUUCAAGAUCUAAUAAACGACGCUGGAACAUCGAAAAGGAUUUUAUUUGAAAUAGGGUGUGGCGUUGGGAAUUUUAUAUUCCCAUUACUAGAGGAAAAGUUGAAUUUCGAUGUUAUAGCGUGCGAUUUUUCAUCUAAAGCCGUGGAAAUUUUAAAAAACGAUCCGAAAUACGAUCCUAACUCGAUUAAGGCUUUCCAAUGCGAUAUAACCACGCCAGACGUUUUUUCUAUAAUCCCGAUAAACAACGUGGAUAUAGCAACUUUAAUAUUCGUUUUAUCGGCGAUACAUCCUAACAACUUCCACCAAACUCUACGGAAUAUCUACGAUCUUCUAAAACCUGGAGGUGUGUUGUUAUUCAGGGAUUACGGUUUAUACGACAUGGCGCAGUUGAGAUUCAAAGCCGGUCAUAAGAUUUCCGAUAAUUUCUAUAUGAGACAAGAUGGGACGCGUUCGUAUUAUUUUUCGGUGGAUUAUAUAGGAAGUUUGUUGAAAAAAAGUGGAUUUGAAGUUAUUUCCAAUUGUUAUAUUCACAGAAGAACGGUUAAUAGGAAGGAUAACAUCGAUGUUCCUAGGAUUUUUGUGCAAUGUAAGGCGGUGAAGCCGUUUGGAUGAAAAAAAAAAUAAUGGUUAUCAAGAAAUGGGGCAGUACUCAACGCUUUCCAAGAAGUUUGAAAAUGGUAAGUGCUUUUAAUGAACCAAAUUGUAUUGAAACCAAAAAUUUUGUUACGCUCCUGUUUAAAUACAAUGACAUUUGAAACGUCUUGAUGAAAGUUAGGUUAAGUUAUAGAGCAAUUUGACAUUAUGUCAAAAUGUCCGCCGUGGGGUAAACAAAUGCUGUUUCCUGAAGUUUUUGUGUGGUUUUUGAACUUUUUCAAUUUUUAAAUUGUAAUUUCCAUUUUUUGUAAAAUUGCUUCUUGUUGGUAUUGGUAUUGAAAGAAACUCUAAAUUUUUUCUUUCUCUCUAUUUUGCUUAGUCUAGACAUAAACUUUUAACUGUAUUAAUUUCCCAAAAACAAAUCUAAAAAGUAUCUGGAACAUCGUGAAGUAAUAAUACAAAACAACUAUCACUAGAGGAAAAAACAGGUACAUAUGAGAAAAUUGUUUACCCCACUGCCGCCAUUUUGGCAUAGAUCAGCUGUUUUCUUAAGGUUGUCUAAUUGGUAGUUUGUAAAAAAGGAGAAUUGAUAAAAUGACUCAACCCAACUUUUAUGUGUCAGAUUGAGUUGAACAGGGGCGUAAAACAAUUUUUGGAGGUUGUAAUAGUGAAUAAAAGAAUAUUUAGAAAUAGUAUUAAAAAAACAUUUAUGAUAACUUCUACACCAAGAUAUGAUUAAAAAAAAUGAUUUUUCUAUCAACAUGCACUACCAACUGAGAGUAUUUUUCACUCAAAUUGUUUGAAGAAAAAAAAUAUCAAUUUUUGUUCAAAAUUUACCUUUUUUUUUUUUCAUUUUUGUAGGUUUCCGAUAGUUGGUACAGUUGGUUCGAGAUUAUAAUAUAAAUUGUAAGUUCAAUGUUUUUUUUCUAAUUUGAAAUUUCGAACAAUUUUGAAGAAAAAACCAUUUUUUUGUUCCUUUCUCCUUGUCUUUUCUUCCAGAUUAACUUUUAUCCUGUCUUCAUCUUUUUUUUCUCUAUAUGCUCAUCUUAUGUUUCCUAUUUAUCCAUUUUGCUUUUAUUUAAUUUUUUCUGCUUCAUUUUCCUUAUACAUUUUCUCCCAUAUUCACUUUUUCUCUUUCAUAUCCCUUUACCUCAUGUUUUAUCUUAUAUUUAACCAUGUUUUUCCUUUUUUGUUCAUUUUCUUCUGUAUUCCCACUUUUCUGUUCCAUUUUCCUAGUUUUAUCUUCUAUAUUCCUUUAUUUGUAUACAUUUAUCUUCUUCGGUCUCUCCUUUUUCUAAAUUUCCUUUUUUUUUUUUUUAAUUAAUACAUGAUGAAUUCAUAGUUCAAAUGAAUCGAAGUGAUUACAAAUUUUUAUUUUGUCUUUCGCUCCUAUCUGAUAAAAUUUUCUUGAUAAUUCAAUUUUUGUUUUGUAUUUCGUUCACACAAUUCAACUUUAUUUUGUAAUUUUUUCAGGGUAAACUGCCCCUCAAUAUCAACAUUAUCGAAACGGAAUUUUAGCAAAAGGUACAUCGUUUUUUAUUUAAUUCAACAAUGUUUUUCUCAAUUAUUACAACGAUUUUUUAAUUUUUCCCUAGAUCUAGGUAAAUCUGAAUGUUGUUCGUAUGUUGUGAUUAGUCAAAUUUCCCUAGAACUGGGAAAAAGUUAAUUUCUAGCGUUUAUGUAUGAUGAAUUCAUAGUUCAAAUGAACCGAAAUGAUUACAGAUUUACAUUUUGUCUUUCGCUCCUAUCUGAUUUUUAUAAAUAAAAUAUUUUUUUUUUAAAUUUGAGCUAUAGAAUAGUAAUGAUCGAAUUUUUUUUACAGGAUGUUUCGAAAUCGUGUCAAAGAAAAAAUGAGGUGAGAUUUUUUUAACAAAAUUCCAACUUUUCAAAUAUUAUUUUUCCAAUAUGAUGAUGGGCAUGCACCACUCUUAUAUGUCUAUGCAGAAAACCAUGCCAUUAGUCUGAAUUCGUUUAUUUAUUUACCAAAAAUAUUUUAGGCAUAGAACGUAUUAUACCCUGUAUAUUUUUUUCAUUUCAGAUCCUCCGGAAAUACAAGAAGUUUAAUAAAAAAACUUGUUUUAAUGA